GAAUCAAUCGAAUCAAUCGAAUGCCUCGACUCGACUCUACCGAUUGAAUCGAAUCAAUCGAAUCACUCAAGACUCAAGCGAUCUUCUGGAUCUUUUUCUUUCUAAAAAUACUAGAUCUAGACUACUGUAGGCAGUAUUAUGGCGGAAAAUGGUGUUUGCAAGACCCCGUUCCAGCCAUAAAAUUUAAUUUCUACGGAUACUAGCUAGGAAAGGAAAAGCCAGAGGACAUCUGUUUCUCUCGAGUAUACCCUACUACAGCUAGUUUCUAUAGCAUCGUGUGCUGUAUUAUUUAUUGUCAGUCAAGAGAAGAAAGAUGGAGACGACGAUUCCAGCAUCACCGCAACGUCCCCAAGUGGAGAUGAUGGCUUGCUUGGAAAUGGAAAUGGAGUUGGAUCAUUCCGAUCAUUAUUCCGACCACGACGACACGACUCCCUUGACGACGACAUCCUCUGCCAAUAAUCCUACUCCCAUUACCAUUCCAGCACCCUGUGUCAAUCUGGCGCAGGGUCUGGUAGAAUACAUCAAGUUGUGGGUGCAGUUAUACCCACGGACCAGUUUGGGAUUGGGCUGCUCGUUGACAGUGCUAUUCCUCGUACAGUGGUCUCCUCUAUCCCAUUCCAGACAUCCGAAACCCAUGAUACGCAAUCAUUUGGAGAAAGAUUAUGCCAGUAUCACCACCGAUUACAAUUUCCAAAAAGCCAAUAUUCAUCAUUGGUGUCUAUUUGGGGGAAAUGAUAAUUGCCAAUGCGAAGAUCCCACUUUUGGACAAUCGCGAGAAGAACUCAAGGGAUGGUCCGAAACACAUCGACGCAAUAAAGAUCAAAUCCAAAGAACACCUCAGGUAGACAGAGGAGAGGAACUAGAUGUCGUGUUUGUCGGUGAUCAAACCUUUCAAAUGUGGGGAGAAGGAAGAUUGCUCGAUCACGAAUUCACCGAAGGAAACCAAAUUGCAGCAUAUUUUAACCAGACGUUUCGGUCAGCCGAUGGUAUACAUGGACUGUCAUUGGGUAUCUAUACCGAUAGAACAACCAAUCUACUCUGGCGCUUAAAACAUGGAGAAAUGCCAACCAAUCUCAAAGCCAAAGUAUGGUGGCUCCUCAUUGGGGCCAACGAUUUGGCACUCGCCAUGUGUUCCGAAGAUGUCGUCACUCUCGGGAUACUACGAGCGGCCGAAGAAAUUGCCUUUCAAAAUCCAAAUGCCAAAAUCGUCAUUCAAGGGCUACUGCCGCGCAGCAAUCACAAAGAUGGAUCGCUGCACAUGACGGAUGAAAAACGAGGAUCUACCUUUCGACAAAGCAAUGCUCUCGAUCGAAACAAACAACCCAUUGUGGAGAAACCAUUCAAAGACAACAAUAUAUGGUCCUUUCGGACAGAUCAAAUGAACCCCGAUCAGUUGGAUCCAGGACAUUCCACCAUUUCCGAGGCACUGAAACAGGCGCAAGAACAGGCCAAACAGCCGUAUUUUGAUUACUACAUUUGGCCAUCCAUACUGGCCAUUAAUCAAGAGCUAAAAGGCUUUUGCGAAAAGCAUGCAUCGCAACAAUUCGUAUACUUUGAUGCCGACGAUCUCUUUGUCGAAACGAUCAAGAGAGGUGGUGUCAAUGAUGAAAAACAAAUCAAAAAGGAUCUCAUGCCAAACGCUGUAUUGCUGGGCUACAAGGGACAUCAGGUUUUGAUAGAUGCUGUCAAGAAAAAGUUGCAAGAUUUGUUGGAGAGGUAGUUGUGUUCUUCUUGGGUAAAAAGUGCAACAAUCAUGACUCUCCAGCGGUACUGCUAUCUAGUGGCUAUCUUUGGUGCUGAGCCGACAACACAACCAACAAUCCUGCGAGGUCAUGUAGCGUGGCGCCUUGCAAAGAAUGGGUCUAGGACGCAGCACGAAAGCACUGCCUUGAAAGAAAAUGUCAUCAUCUCACCGCAUCGAGAGUGAAACCCUCUCCAAAAACAACCAUGCGUGGUGCCCGCCGACUACCACUUUCUCCGUGACAUCAGCCAGCUGGCGGCUACUUACAUUUCCACAACAGCCAUCAUGGUCAGUUGGUAGGCAUAGAGGUCCGCCCCGGCCUUUCAGCUUUGGACACUGGAGCAAACGUUCCCCCCUUCAGAUUCAAUAGAUGAAAUUAGACUUAGUAGAAAGCUAGACUCUGCAUCAUU